AUGGUGCUGAUGUCUCUCUCUCUCUCAGGCGUGACACUGUUUGUUGCUCUCUAUGAUUAUGAGGCCCGGACAGAAGAUGAUCUCAGUUUCAGGAAGGGAGAGAAGUUUCAAAUCAUCAACAGCACUGAGGGUGAUUGGUGGGACGCCCGAUCUCUCACUACAGGAGGAACCGGCUACAUUCCCAGCAAUUAUGUCGCCCCCGUGGACUCAAUCCAGGCUGAGGACUGGUAUUUUGGAAAGUUGGGCCGUAAGGAUGCAGAAAGGCAGCUUCUUUCCACAGGGAACCCGCGUGGCACCUACCUGAUCCGUGAGAGUGAAACCACUAAAGGUGCCUUUUCUUUGUCUAUCCGUGACUGGGACGAUGUGAAGGGGGACCACGUGAAACAUUAUAAAAUCCGUAAACUGGACAGUGGAGGAUAUUACAUCACCACUAGAGCUCAGUUUGAGACCCUUCAGCAGCUGGUCCAGCAUUACACGGAGCGGGCAGCGGGGCUUUGCUGUCGUUUGGUCGUCCCUUGCCACAAAGGGAUGCCAAGGCUCACUGACCUGUCUGUCAAAACCAAAGAUGUGUGGGAGAUUCCACGGGAGUCACUCCAACUCAUAAAGCGAUUGGGCAACGGCCAGUUCGGGGAGGUUUGGAUGGGCACGUGGAAUGGCAACACCAAAGUGGCUGUGAAGACCCUCAAGCCGGGAACCAUGUCUCCAGAGUCCUUCCUGGAGGAAGCGCAGAUCAUGAAGAAAUUACGACAUGAUAAACUAGUGCAGCUCUAUGCUGUCGUUUCUGAGGAGCCCAUCUAUAUCGUCACUGAGUAUAUGGGGAAAGGAAGCCUUCUAGAUUUCCUGAAGGACGGGGAGGGACGGGCACUCAAGCUGCCCAACCUCGUCGACAUGGCGGCCCAGGUGGCUGCAGGCAUGGCCUACAUCGAGCGGAUGAACUACAUUCACAGAGAUUUGCGCUCUGCUAACAUUCUGGUUGGUGAUAACCUGGUGUGUAAGAUCGCUGACUUUGGCCUGGCCAGACUCAUUGAAGACAAUGAGUACACUGCCCGACAAGGGGCAAAAUUCCCUAUUAAGUGGACGGCUCCUGAAGCAGCUCUGUAUGGGAAGUUCACCAUUAAAUCCGAUGUUUGGUCUUUUGGAAUCCUGCUUACGGAGCUGGUCACUAAAGGCAGAGUUCCAUAUCCAGGGAUGAAUAACAGAGAGGUACUGGAACAAGUGGAGCGUGGCUACCGGAUGCCGAGUCCCCAGGACUGCCCGAGCUCUUUUCACGAGCUGAUGGUUCAGUGCUGGAAGAAGGACGCAGAAGAGCGGCCCACUUUCGAGUACCUGCAGGCCUUCCUUGAGGAUUACUUCACCGCAACCGAACCUCAAUAUCAGCCCGGAGACAACCUCUAAACCCAGCCUCCUGGGCUCACCCUGACCUCAUCCUCCCUGGGCCGUCCCAAGUGGCCUCGACUCCAUCCUGACUGGAGGCAUGUACAGCUUCAUGAGUUCACCUAAGCUCCUGUUACUCCCCUGCGGCUCCACGCCCUAUUUGCCCGAAGACUGAACCGUUUGCACAGACUUUCACUUGAGAGGUGUACACAUGAGCGAGCUGGGGAGGCAAACAGGGGGAAUUGUGGGUAAAGCUGGAAGGGGGAAGACGUGGAAAGGCUUUUGUUCAGAGUUGUGGCCAUAACAUUAUAAUGAUAAGAAAUGAUGCCUGUAUUCAGUGUAAAUACGAGAUGCUUGUUUGUUUGAUUUUUUUUUUUUUCAUUCAUGUUUUUUGUUUUGUUAAAGCCCCGCUCAUCUUUUUGUGCUGCUUCGCAAAGUAGCAAUUUUGGUCGCGUCGAGGAACCCGUUCUUCAUGAAGGAUAAAGCAGACAUCUAUGAAGGGUUUAGGUGUGUGUCAGUGCAUAAAACUCUUGUAAUAUUUAAGUUUUGAGAAUGUUUGUGGUUUAUUCAUUCUCUCCUCUUCUGAUGAGAUCAUGUUCCAGAUGGAGGAAUAAAGAUUCAGUCUUUAUUAUUCUAGUGGUUUUUAAAUAUCUCGACCUUCAAGAGAAAUUGAUUUGUCAUAUUUUCUUGAACUUAUUUAUUUUUUAUUUUACAGUGCAGAAGAUACUAAAUUGAGUUGACAUUUUGUUAAUCUCUGAGAAUUGUGCCCUCUCCGAAUUAUUAGAUGUCAACCUAAUGUAACAAAAAAUUAUUUUACACAUAAUGUACAUUUUUGUAUUUCUAGCCAAAUGUUAAAGACUGCCAUAUGUCAGUAUAUCUCCACAAACAAAAUGCAUUGUGUUUAGUUUUCCAGCGACCAGCUCUCUCUCUCUCUCUCUCUCUCUCUCUCUCUCUCUCGCUCUUCUGCUCAUCAGAACCUCUUUAAAACCCCUCACCAACAUUUCAUUUGGUUUAACAGUAUCGUAAGUGUCAGUAAUCACCUCAAAAUAGCCAUUCCCAUUUUUUUAACAUGCCAUUUUGUUAACAUUUCCAAUUUGGAAAUAAAAAUACAAUAUUUUACACUCUU